CACUACUUAGAUUGCUUCUUUCUAAAAUCCAAUUACCGCCGCCGCCAUAAAAUGAACUCUACGGCACUCUCCCUUCGCCACCACAACCACUUCCUCCACGGCGGCGGCGGCGGCGGCGGCGCCGCAUCCUCCGUCAUCACUCCUCUGCGCUCCGUCUCUCCAUUCCGUAUCCGCAUGUCUCUCAACGAAAACGCUCCGUCAAUCGCCGUCGUCGGAGUCACCGGAGCAGUAGGUCAGGAGUUUCUCUCCGUACUAACUGACCGCGACUUCCCUUAUCGAUCACUCAAGCUCCUCGCGAGCAAGAGAUCAGCUGGAAAAACUGUAAAGUUCGAGAACCGGAAUUACACUGUAGAAGAGCUUAACGAGGAGAGUUUUGAUGGUAUUGAUAUCGCGUUGUUCAGUGCUGGUGGUUCAAUAAGUAAGAAAUAUGGACCAGUAGCGGCGAAAAAGGGGACGAUUGUUGUUGAUAAUAGCUCGGCAUUUCGAAUGGAUGAGAAUGUGCCUCUUGUUAUACCGGAAGUGAAUCCGGAAGCUAUGGUGAAUUUGAAGGUUGGUUGUGGAAAAGGAGGGAUUAUUGCGAAUCCUAAUUGUUCGACUAUUAUUUGCUUGAUGGCUGUUACUCCUCUUCAUCGUCGUGCUAAGGUUAAACGCAUGGUUGUUAGUACAUAUCAGGCAGCUAGUGGUGCCGGUGCUGCUGCAAUGGAAGAGCUUGUGCAGCAGACUCGUGAGGUCUUGGACGGCAAAGAACCAACCUGCAAUAUCUUUAACCAGCAGUAUGCUUUUAAUCUUUUCUCGCAUAAUGCACCUAUUCAACCUAAUGGAUACAAUGAAGAGGAAAUGAAGCUGGUCAAAGAAACAAGAAAAAUAUGGAGUGACAUGGGUGUCAAGGUUACUGCAACAUGUAUACGUGUUCCUGUUAUGCGUGCACAUGCUGAGAGCGUGAACCUUCAAUUUGAGAAGCCCCUUGAUGAGGAUACAGCAAGGAAUAUUCUUAAAAAUGCUCCAGGAAUAGUUGUAGUCGAUGACCGUGCAAGUAAUAGAUUCCCAACCCCACUUGAAGUUUCCAAUAAAGACGAUGUUGCAGUUGGGAGAGUACGCCGUGAUGUUUCCCAAGAUGGAGAUUAUGGGCUGGACAUAUUUGUUUGUGGUGAUCAAAUACGCAAAGGAGCUGCCCUUAAUGCCGUUCAGAUUGCAGAAAUGUUGUUGUAGAUUUGCGAUAGAGCAACCUUAAGGUUCUAAUUUUGGUUCAAAUGUGAGUGACAUAGAACCUUAAAGCUAGUCGCGUAUUCCUCCAGUAUUAACAGUUUUCUCGGUGGGAUUUGGUUAUGUUGAGUUCGUUCUAGUUUGAAUAGAGAUUUUGCUUCAAACUCUUGUUUCUGCAAAAGCUUUUGUUAUUUAUAAUAAUUGUGUUAUUUAA